AUGAGUUCCGUUUUAAAACAACGGUAUAAUCAAAAUAAAAAACCUAACGAAACCUUUGACGAAUUCAAAGAACGUUGGUAUAAAGAAAAUUAUUCAACCAAUUUUCCAAAAUCGCCGCAAGAAAAUGAAAGUCCAAAUCAACAAAAUACCUCUAUCGCUCUUAUCUCAACUACAGACGAAUACAUAGACGCACCUACAUCACCAACUACAAUUAUCACAAAUAAUCCUGAAUUCGCUUAUCUAAGUUCUUUAAAUAACUUUCACUUAGAAGGCCAACAAGACGAAUUAGUAGAAUAUGCCAAA